GGUAGUGUUUUGGCUCGGCAAUCUUAUCCGCUUUAUCAUCCGGCCAACACUAUAACCCAAACUAAGAGAAAGACCAGAGACGAGAGAAAAUGACGAUACUCUCAGUCUCAGCUUCAUCGUGUUCGUACAUUUUACCAUCGUCGUCUUCAUCACUACCUUCGUCCUCAAGGCCCUCCUUCUCCCCUUCUUUCAACAGCUCUCAGACCCCUUUCCUUGGCUUCUCGGUGAGCCUUUCCAAAGGGCCUUGGCUCCCUACCACCUCCGCCAUAGCCAAACUUCAUCUAACUGGUGACAAUGGGAGAAGGAGUUUACAGGUCCGUAGCCAGGAAAUUUCUCGUGUUCCCCUUGACCAGCGCUGGAUGUUCGAUGAGGAUGAAGCUGGUGGCCCUGACAUUUGGAACAAGACUUGGUAUCCGAAAGCAGUGGAUCACAUCAACACUGAAAAACCAUGGUAUAUUGUUGAUGCAACAGACAAAAUUCUUGGGAGGCUAGCAUCAACAAUUGCAAAUCACAUCCGUGGGAAAAACUUGGCUACAUAUACUCCUAGUGUGGACAUGGGGGCAUUCGUUAUUGUGGUGAAUGCAGAAAAAGUAGCUGUAUCUGGAAAGAAACGAACCCAAAAGCUCUACAGAAGGCAUUCAGGAAGACCUGGUGGUAUGACUGUGGAAACUUUUGACCAGUUACAGCAGAGAAUCCCAGAAAGAAUUAUUGAACAUGCUGUUCGUGGAAUGCUUCCCAAAGGGAGGCUUGGCAGAGCACUCUUCAACCACCUGAAGGUUUACAAGGGCCCAGAUCAUCCUCACGAGGCCCAGCAGCCUGUUGACUUGCCCAUAAAGGACAAAAGAAUACAGAAGCAAAGAUAGACUUGAAGCAACAAGUCUAGAACAAGAUUCAAUGAACAGUACACUUUUAGCCCAUGGAAGCAACGCCUUCGUGUUUUUGGUUACUGUCUUGAGUUUCAUGCCUCAACUUACCAUGUGGAAGCCUUUUGCUUAUAUUGUGUCCUGUUUGGUGAUGCUUGUGUUAUCAUUCUAUUUUCUUUCCUUCCAUUGUCCAGCCAAUUUGAGAAGAUGCUUAUUUUGUAGGUGUCAGCUACUUACCUGUAUUUGUAUUUUGAUAUGCAAUUAAUAUUACAGCAUCAUUUAACUUAUUCACUCAGCAAUAAACAUUUAUGUUUGUGAC